AUGAAAAAAAAAGAUCAGUCGCGGUCUAAAUCUGUGAUUCGACCGUCGCCACCAGCAAAUCAUCAGUCCUAUCCCGAUGGGUUGAGUACGCCGACUUUCUGUUUGUGGUCACACCACCGACGCUGGUUAAAGAUAAAAAAGAAAAAGCCGUGUGACAAAGCACAAAAUCAUUACAUCGAUAUCCAAUGUGGGUUCCGCACACCACGAGCGGCGAGAAGACACCGUGAAAACGCGUCGUACUAA